UGAGUUCAUCGGUCGACUGCUGCUGGCCCAGUAUAAAGCCCGGCAGGCCCUACCGUCGCUAAUCAAUCAUUCGAUCCCGUCGGCAGAUCUUCGAGCUUUAGAUAAGCUCUGCUUACGGACUGAGCCGAAGGAAGCGAGCUCAGCUCGGGUCUGUUUAGUGUAUAGGUGUAGUGGACGGGACGGCUCGAAGGGCAGGGCAUUCUCUGUUCGAGUUGGGGGGAGCCCGAGAAUUCAAGAAAUCUGUGUGAGAAGCUUGUGUGUGUGUCUUCUGCUGUGGAACCACCAGAGCUUCCGAAAUGGGGAAGGGAAGUUGUGUGACCCUGCUCCUCUUCAUCGGACUCGUCUCGUCCGUGUAUUCCUACGAUCUCUACAAGGAUCCUAGCCAAGAUGUGGAAGCAAGAGUUCAGGAUUUGCUGUCGAGAAUGACAUUGGCUGAAAAGGUUGGUCAGAUGACACAGAUCGAACGCGGCGUGUCGAAUAAUUCCGUGGUCAAGGAUUUGUUCAUAGGUAGCGUUUUAAGCGGUGGUGGUAGCGUGCCGGAUGCGGGCAAUACCGCUGAGGCAUGGCAGGAUUUGGUGGACAGGCUUCAAAAUGAUGCUCUUUCCACGCGACUGGGUAUUCCUAUGAUUUAUGGAAUUGAUGCUGUCCACGGGCACAACAAUGUGUUUGGAGCAACGAUCUUCCCACACAAUGUGGGUCUUGGAUGCACCAGGGAUCCGGAUCUGGUGAAGAGGAUCGGAGUGGCAACUGCCCUUGAAGUCAGAGCCACGGGAAUUCCCUACGUUUUCGCUCCGUGCAUUGCGACUUGCAGAGACCCACGCUGGGGACGCUGCUACGAGAGCUACAGCGAGAGCACCGAGGUGGUCACCAGCCUCACGGACAUCAUCCUCGGUCUCCAAGGAGAGCCCGCCAACAAAACUGCUGGAUUCCCAUUCGUGGCCGACAGCUCGAAGGUUGCUGCGUGCGCCAAGCACUUCGUGGGAGAUGGAGGUACUACUAAUGGAAUCAACGAAAACAACACGGUUAUUGACUACAAGGGCCUUGUUGACAUCCACAUGGCACCUUACUUCGAUUCCAUUGCCAAGGGUGUUUCCACUGUCAUGAUCUCGUACACGAGCUGGAAUGGAAUGAAAAUGCACGCCAACAAAUUCCUCGUGACGCAAGUGUUGAAGUACAACCUCAAGUUCAAGGGCUUUGUCAUCUCCGACUGGGAAGGAAUUGACAGAAUUACGAGUCCCGCAGGCGCAAACUACACAUUCAGCAUUGAGUCCUCUAUCAAUGCGGGUCUCGACAUGAUCAUGGUGCCUAACAAUUACCCCCAGUUCAUCAAUGGACUCACUGAUCUCGUGAAGGGUGGUUACAUCAACAUGCAUAGAAUCGAUGACGCCGUCACCCGAAUUUUGCGCGUGAAAUUCGCGAUGGGUCUUUUUGAGAAGCCCUUGGCCGAUCGCUCAUACUCGAAGCAUCUCGGUUCCGAAGAGCACAGAUCACUCGCAAGGGAAGCCGUCCGAAAGAGCCUUGUCCUCUUGAAGAACGGAAAGGAAGCGGGCAAACCUCUCCUACCUCUCAGCAAGACUGCAGCGAAGAUCAUUGUUGCGGGCAGUCAUGCCAAUGAUCUUGGACGUCAGUGUGGAGGAUGGACUAUCACAUGGCAGGGUGGGAACGGCACCACUACCAAAGGUACAACUAUUCUCGACGCCAUCAAGGGUGCAGUGAGUCCAACCACCCAGAUUGUGUAUGAACCUUACCCUCAACCUGGGUUCGCCCAAAGCCAAGGAGCAGACUUCGCCAUUGUUGUUGUUGGAGAACCUCCAUACGCUGAGACCUUUGGAGAUAAUCUGAAUCUUACCAUUCCAGAGGCAGGCAUUCCCACCAUCCAAAAUGUGUGUGGAGAAGUGAGGUGCUUAGUCAUCCUUGUGUCCGGGAGACCUCUAGUCGUGGAACCAUAUCUGCCAGUCAUGGAUGCCUUCGUAGCUGCUUGGCUACCCGGCAGUGAAGGGGCCGGGGUCUCAGACGUCAUUUUCGGAGACUACGAUUUUGUUGGUACCUUAGCCCGCACCUGGUUUAAGUCCGUGGAUCAGCUGCCGAUGAAUGUCGGUGAUGAGAAAUAUGACCCUCUGUUCCCAUUCGGAUACGGUCUGAAGAUGGGUACCCCUAACUCCAGGUAGAGUGCUUGACUCGAUUCUGUCACCGUUACUCGAAUCGGGCAAGAUGUGCAGACUGUAGAAAAACAUUAGAGUAGGAUUUUGUACUCCAGUUUUGCGAGGGGGUUUCAGCGUAGGGAAGUUAGUCGUAGGAAACAGGAUGGAUUCAAGGGAGAAUAAUGCUUUCUUGACAUCUGUUUUCACCCAGUUGUAGUUUAUUAUUGAAGUUACCCAGUUGUAGUUUAUAAUUGAAGUGUUCGAUUGAUCAAAAUAUUUCUUCUCGCAAGAUCCAACGUUUCUCGAAGUGUACGAUUAUGAUAUGAUGAAGAUUUACUAUUGAUGAAGCUAUGUUCGUUGAUGACAAUUUUGCUAGCGUUCAUUAGUGGCGGCAGUAUCAACUUUAUGAGGAGGUGGAGACUCCUUGAUAUAAGUUGCUGGGCCGUGCCUCUUAUAAUUCAUAUGCUGAAAUUAUAAAAAUUGUUGGCGAUGAAGAUGAAUGAUCAAGUCAAGUCUCUCUUCGAAAUUUGGAGAAGGAGGGAGGAAGAAAGAAACUUGGUAACUAUUCUAGAAAAGUACUGUUUCCUGCAGAAAUGGAUGCAUUUCACUCUCAUUCUUAAAUCAGAGAUUAAUGCCCCCAGUUACGUAGUCUCUCUCUGCCUAAAAUCUCUGCUUUCGGUUGUAUACCGAAGAUACGUGAAUCAGUGCAAAUGCAAGGGAAAUGAGGAUAGAUUCAAAGAUUUCUAUAGUUCUCUGUGAAUCUUUCCUCAUCUUCAAUCGUACUACAAAAUCCAACGUAAAGAUUUGUUCGAAAAUUUUGUUGGUAACAUCAACAACAUGUAACACCUGAAGAUGAAUUUGACAAUCUACUUUUUAAAUUAAAUACA